AUGACGAAGGAAGACAGAUCUCCCAUUGACUUCAGUAGACUGAAGGGCAAAUUAAGGGGCUGGAAGUCUAGGUCCAGUAACAACAUUCGACCAUCUACCCCUGCCCGACUCAACAACCCCAAGAAGGUACAUUACUCUGACAGUGUGGAUAUGUACCAGCCUGAAAAUGACGACAGAAGCAAGGCCGAAACCCUUGCGGAUGAAGAUAAAGACGACCCCAUCUUCAAUAAUAUCAUUAAGAGGAUACUAGAUGAUGAAGAUGACCAAUAG